AUGGGCAUAAGAGCAGGUGAGGCCAGGGGAUGCCUGUGCUGGCUUGGGGUGGUUGAACUCUACCUGAUGGGGACCGCGGGAGCACGCCUUCGAGUUGCGAGAUGUUGA